CGCACACAGUAAAACUAAGUAAUGAAGGACCUUAACCUAAAAACGUCGUCAGUAACGUGAUUUAUUGUAACAAUUUUAAACAACUAAUUAAGGUUCUAGAAAAGCAUAAUGUCGAACGAAAGUGCAGAAAACAGGGAAGAAAUACCUAAGCCUGUAGAUAAGAGCUUGAUGAUUUUUGGGCGGGAUGUUUCAAAAAUUCCAUGUUUUCGUAACAGCAUUUUGUAUGGGAUUUAUAGUGGACUUGGGCUGGGUUUAGCUCAUUUUAUGUUUAAAAGUCAUCCUUUGGCUGCUUGUAAUUUUGCGGUGUACAGUUUUUCCGGUGUUACCUUAAUAUACUGGAUUCAAUGUCGUUACAAAUAUUCUCAAAUGAAGUUUCAAAUGCUUCAAAUGCAAGAAUUGUUGAGGAGGCAGGCUAUUUAUGAGGGUACUGGAGUCGAAAAAGAACUAGAAGAAAGUGAAAAACCGAAGGUUACUUAAGAUAUAAAUUUAGGAUAGAAUUAGUGUACUAAACUUAGCUUCAAUAAAUUACAUGUUUUAUACA